AAAUUCAAUAAAACAAAAAAAAUUCUCAAAAUUGAGUAGAGACCCUUACCGUGUCCAAAGAGCUGCAAACAGGAAGUAACAUAACGCGAAAUAGAAAUGUGGAGAAGAGGUUUCAUCACCGCCGUCACCGCACUCCGCCACACAACUCCGUCGGGAGUUCGCGGCGCCUCCACCGUUUCAUCAGCCGCCGUAAACUCCAUGCUUCUUCGCUCCCUCAAAGAUCACUACAUGGAUGUCGCCAAAAUGAAUAUGCCCCCUAAAGUGAGUCCACCAUCACCAUUCACAAUCGUGAAAGGAGCAUUGGAUUCAGAAGGUCCAGUUUUGAAGCGAAAUUACGGCGAUGAAGAAGUUAGCAUCUACGUUAUGCGAUUAUCUCACUCCGAAGAUGAACAAGACGGUGCUAUUCAUCAAUUGUUCAUUCAUGUUGAUGUAUCUAAACCUGAUCAGAAAGAAUCGUUGAAUUUCCUUUGUGGUCUCUAUGAAGAUGCUCUUGGAAUUCACUCUGUUUCUAUGAGACCUAAGCUUCAAGAAUCUAAUGGAUACAUUCUUAUUCCUACUCAAUAUACUGGUCCUGUUUUUUCAGAGCUAGAUGAAAAUAUGAGAGAUGCAUUUCACAGUUACAUAGAGGAGCGAGGCAUAAACGAUAGCCUCUUUAAAUUUCUUCAAGCAUGGCUAUAUGUGAAGGAACAUCGAAAUUUAAUGCGUUGGUUCAAAACAAUGGGCUUGUUCAUCGACGGAAAGAAGCCAGCUACAGGUGCUUAAUCCUCUCUCAUUGGGCAUGUAUUUUGCCUAUAGGAUCCAACAAUGAGCAAGUUAUGCAUUCAAAACUUGAGGAAUUUUGAUUAUCUUUUUUCUUUCAAAAUAUAUUCUUUUGGUAAUACCUAAAGUUUCAUAGUGGACAAUUAGGGGUGUUUGUUAGUGUUUUUAUCAGUAAAUUCUAUCAGAGGUAAAAUUCUAUCUGUUUAACUACUUGUGAUGUGUAAUUGCUAUGAAGAUCAUGCAUUAUAAAAUUUAAGGUGAAUUUUGUUUUAAAGUACUGAAUGUAAUAGUUGACAUUAUUUAUA